UUAUGUGUCCCGGUCGCAUGCAGUUCAACUUUUCUGGCUUCUCUCUUUCUUUUAAAUGUACAAAGGAGACACAUUAAAUACAGUUGGUUAUGGCACUGCCGGCAAGACCACAUGUUUUCUUGGGAAUUUUUGCAGUUAUCCAGAUUAAAUUUACCUUACAGGAAUUGCCAUCCAUUGGGGUGUCCUGCUUUACCUUUGGAGGGUUCUCCAAGCAAGAGAGUGCUGGUGUAAACCUCAAGCUUUACAAUAAAAGAUGGAGAAGAUGGACGCUCUCAUCCAAACCAGUGGAUGAGAUCAGUCAGAACCAGGAUCUGGAACGUUAUGAAGAAAAGCACGGCAAACUGGAUUCAGAGCGCUUUCCAGAAGUUGAGAGUCAUCAUAACUUAUCCAUUAAGAGAGAUGUGGACCAUAUUUACUACACAUCCAAAUUCUAUGGGCCCACAGAUAGUCCAGACAAGGAUUUGUGGGUAAAUAUUGAGCAAAUGGACACGGGAGUUCAUGGUAUUCUUUCCAACACACAUCGGCAAACUUUGAGAGUGAAUCUAUCCUUCGAUUUCCCUUUCUAUGGACAUUUUUUGAGGGAAAUACAUGUGGCUACAGGGGGUUUCAUCUACACUGGAGAUGUAAUUCACAAAAUGCUGACCGCUACUCAGUACAUCGCUCCUCUCAUGGCUAAUUUUGACCUGAGCAUCUCACAGAAUUCUACAGUCAUUUACUGUGAUAAUGGCACAGCUCUUGUUGUGCAGUGGGACCAUGUGUAUCUCCACGAUGCAUCUCAUCUCGGCAGUUUUACCUUCCAAGCUGCUUUAUACAAGGAUGGCAGAAUCACUUUUGCAUAUAAAGAGGUUCCCAUUGACAUUAACAAAAUCAGCUCAGUGAAUCAUCCUGUGAAAGUCGGGCUCUCUGAUGCAUUUGUGAUUCUUCAUAAGAUUGAACAGCUUCCCAAUGUUAGAAGAAGAACAAUAUAUGAAUAUCAUAGGAUAGAGCUCUUAAAAUCCAAGAUCGCAAACAUCACCGCUGUUGAGAUGCUUCCUCUACCAACCUGCCUUCAGUUCUCCAGCUGUGAGACGUGUGUUACAGCUCAGAUCGGCUUCAGCUGUAGCUGGUGCAGUCGCCUGCAGAGAUGUUCCAGUGGUUUUGACCAGAAUCGUCAGGACUGGGUUGACAGUGGGUGCUUAAUUGAGAUAAAGAGCCAGGGCUGUGACAGAAAGCAGCCUGUCAUUAGAAGCAGCACUCCAGCGGUGCAGACAGGAGUGACGGAAGUGUCAGUAACUACAACAACAUCACCCACAUCAGCCUCCUCAGUCACCACCAAACUCACCAGCACACCCUUAUUCAUAAGAGCCCUUCCCACCAGCAUUCUCACUGACGACUCUCAGAUGGACAUUAUAGAGAAGCAAACAGAGGAGCAGAUGCAGACUGGUCUGCUCAUAGGCAUCCUCAUAACUAUGGUCCUCAUGGUGGUUGCUGUGUUGGCCACUAUAUACAUGUACUAUCAUCCCACCUCCAGCACCAGUCUCUUCUUCAUCGAGAGACGACCAACACACUGGCCUGCCAUGAAAUUUCGACGGGGUUCAGGACACCCGUCAUAUGCAGAGGUAGAGGCCAUGGGACAGGAUAGAGAAGGAUUCAUUGUGAUGGACCCUAGAGGCAGUUUUCUCGUGUCAGACAGGAGAGAGAGCUUGUUUCUGACGGACCAGAGGGAAGGAUUUAUUGUGGCUGACCAAAGAGAACAUUUCCUUAUCAUGGAACAUCGCUAA